GCCUCCUUCGUCGGAUCAAACUGGAUGACUCCAACAAGGAAGUUGAGUUCUGGCAGCAGCUGUAUUCAUCUUAAAGUAUGCUCUAUAGACGGAAAACCUGAAGUGAAAUCCACAUCUGGAGGAUCUCAGCAAUGAUCUCCACUGUGAUGUGCAGCAAAGAGACUCUACAGAACGUUCAGUGCAACAGUCCCAUCAGGAGCCCCGUCAGGGACGAGCCUCGCAGGACCUCCAUCCCCCCAGUGCAGACUCUCAUUGCUAAACAUCUGAUGGCAUACCUGCCCCAACCACAGUCUGAAUCCAACCGUUGCACUCCUUGCACCUUCAAAGCUACAGCUAAAUCCACUGUUGCUGCCAUAAGGACCACCAAAAGAACCUCUCUCAUCCACAACUUGAACUAUGCUAAGUGCUCAUCACUCCCACCAUCCCAGGAGGGCUCCCCCUCCCUGAGUUCCUGCAGCCAGUCCUCUCACGCUCUGACUUUGGCUGAGCAAGAGCCCCAACCCCAACCGCACACUAUCCAAGCAGCUCCUCUGGAACCAGGAGAGGAGACGCCAAAGCCUCAGCGUUUGCAUCGCAGCAAAGGCCUCAAGCGCUUCAGCUCGAGGUGGCAACCGGUAGGCUCCACUGGCAGCGGCGGAAACAUUCCCGUGUCUGCCAUCGAGAAGCUGCAUGUUGCAAAGAGUCACAAGAAGCGCUGUAAGCUCCUGGGUGAUGAGCACUCACCGUAUGUCACCGCCAGCAAUCUGCGCCAACGUUACGUCACCAAGGAUGGCAAGUGCAGGGUCAAUCUGGGACCUAUUGCAGACAAGAGUCGCUUCCUCUCAGAUAUUUUCACCACAUUAGUGGAUCUCAAGUUUAGCUGGUUCCUUCUCGUCUUCACUAUGUGCUACAUUCUCACAUGGGUGGCCUUUGGUGGAAUCUACUUCUUCGGUGCCUGGUUGCGUGACGACAUUACACAUGUUCACGACCCACAAUGGAAGGCAUGUUUCCAAAAUGUUGACAGUUUCCUUUCAGCCCUGCUGCUGUCGUUGGAGAGCCAGAGGACUAUUGGGUACGGCUCCAGGAUGGUGACAGCCAACUGCUCCGAGGGUACGGUAAUCCUGAUGGUCCAGUCCAUCCUUGGCUCCAUUAUCGAUGCUCUGAUGGUGGGCUGCAUGUUUGUUAAAAUCUCCCGGCCACAGCAGAGAGCCCAGACGCUGACCUUCAGCAAGCACUGCGUCAUAUGUGAGCGUGACGAAAAGCUGUGCAUGCUCUUCCGCAUUGGUGAUCUGAGAGUGAGCCACAUGGUGGAUGCCAAAAUCCGUGCCAAGCUGAUCAAGUCCAGGCAGACAAAGGAGGGCGAGUUCAUCCCACUGGAGCAGUCGGAAAUCAACCUGGGCUACGACACCGGGGGGGACAGGCUGCUCCUGGUGGAACCCCAGACCAUCACCCACGUCAUCAAUAAAAGCAGCCCCUUCUGGGAGUUGGGGUCCGAGCGUUUGAAGAGGGAGACCUUUGAGAUCAUUGUCAUCCUGGAGGGCAUCGUGGAAGCAUCAGGCAUGACAUGCCAGGCGAGGACCUCCUACACGGAGGACGAGGUUCUCUGGGGCCACCGCUUUGAGUCGUGCAUUUCCUUGGAGAAAGGAGCUUUUCUCGUGGAGUACAGUGCAUUUGACAAAACGUUUGAAGUCCAAAUGUCCCCACUCAGCGCAAAAGACAGCAAAGAAACAAGAGGUUGUGUUUUAGAAAAUGCUGGCUAAAAUAAUAGUCCUUGGGUCUGUAUGUUAAAGUGGCAAUCUCGAAGAUUUUCAUUUAGAUGAAUGUCUGUUAAGUAAAGUAAGUGAUUGAGCCUAUGGCUAAGUGAUGAAAGUAUUGCAAUAUUGCAAUAUAUUGUCUGUAGUAUUACAAAUUGGCUGUCUGUGCCGACAUUCCCAGAAAUAAAAUGCUGUAUUACAGUUUUCUCCAUUGUAUACAAACCAAAAAUUAAACUAUGCAAACAAUUCGAAAAACUUGAAGUUUAUGACUCCAGACUGUUACACUCUGAGCAUAAUUUCAUUGUUUUUAUGUAGAUAGAAAUUCUAAAUCAACAAGGACUGAAAUCUUUAGGAUUGCCCAUUUAACAUCGCAUAUAAUGAGUGACUUCAAGUGAUAUUCCCUGAUAAAUUAUAACAUUCAUACUUCAUGAGUAUUAAUCUCUGGGCAGCCAUAAUUUAUGUUGCUCUGUCGUGGGUAUAAUAAGGUUUGUUUUUAUUGUCACAUUAUGAAAAUUGUUAUGUUGCGUUUAAUUAAAAAUAAACAUCCUG